ACAAGAAGCCCCGCCAACCUCGGGCUCCCUUUCAUACCGCUCUCUCUCUCUCCCCUUCCCCCCACCUCUCGACAAAGAGCGUUCGUCGCAUCAACCCAAUCAUGGUUCUCUCCUGCGCCGACGAUCCGUUGCUAAAUCUGCUCGACGUCUCGUGAAUCGGGUAACGACAUCACUCCUCCGAACUCUCGUCUUCUCGCCCCUUUGGAUCGUUUCCGUUCGUGUUGUUUGGUUCUUGCGUUUCUUGGUCCCUGGGAAUAUGGAUGCGGGGUGCGAAUAUCCUUGACGAUCGUUUCGUUCAAAUUUGCAUCUGCAGGGGUGAUUGAAAGAACCUCGACCGGGCUUUUUCCGUGCACAGUUUUUUUUUUUCCAAAGGGGAUUGGAGUUUCGAACUUUUGGAUCGGUUUGAAAGAAAUGUCUCACGGUUUUGAUGCCACGAGAGGAAACCCACCUGGGAUUUUGCUCAUAAGGAGAAUCAGGGGCAGGAACUGGAGCCUCCAGACUUAUAGAUACGUGGUCUUGCUCGUCACCUUCAUUGCGUAUGCUUGUUAUCAUGCUUCUCGGAAGCCUAGUAGCAUUGUGAAGAGCGUCCUGUAUCCCGACACCACGACCGUCAAUGUGCAGCGCUCGUGGCCAUUGGGCGAAGUCUUUGUGAGGGAAGAGUUAGGGAACGGUGGUAAUGUGACUGGUGGUAGAUCCAAGUACAGGGGCUGGGCUCCCUUCAACGGCCCCGAUGGGACGUCGAAAUUGGGCGAAAUUGACGUCGCGUUUUUGGCCUGUUAUUCUAUGGGGAUGUACGUCGCGGGGCAUUUGGGCGAUACGUUGGACUUGCGGUUGUUCUUGACGACCGGAAUGAUUGGCAGUGGCAUUUUUGUGGGGCUCUUUGGGAUGGGAUAUAUUUGGAAUGUGCAUGUUUUCGGAUUUUAUUUGGCCAUGCAAAUGGUUGCAGGGUUGUUCCAAGCAACCGGGUGGCCGUCGGUGGUGGCUGUUAUCGGCAAUUGGUUCGGGAAGAGGAAAAGGGGUUUGAUAAUGGGCGUGUGGAAUGCACAUACUUCGGUGGGGAAUAUUAGCGGUUCCCUUCUCGCGGCGAGUGUCUUGGAUUACGGGUGGGGCUGGUCCUUCAUUGUUCCUGGUGGCUUGAUCUUUCUUGGAGGGAUACUGGUUUUCCUGUUCUUGGCUGCGUAUCCAGAGGAUGUUGGAUUUCCUUUUUUGGAUGAUCCAUCCAGUGCUGUAGAGACGGUUCCUCCCAAUGACGUAGAAUCCCAAUCGCGAAGUUCCUCGGUUGGUUCUGGGACUAAGAGAAGUGUUGGGCUUGUUCAAGCCUGUUUGAUCCCGGGAGUGAUUCCUUUCGCGCUGUCCUUAUUCUUCUCGAAGCUGGUGGCUUAUACAUUUCUCUAUUGGUUACCAUUUUAUUUAAGUCAAACAGAAAUCGGCGGUGAGUAUGUCUCUGUGAAAUCAGCUGGAAACCUGUCAACCCUUUUUGACGUGGGUGGAAUUGUUGGUGGAAUUCUCGCUGGUUAUAUAUCGGACAAGCUCCACGCCCGGGCAAUCACGGCAGCCAGUUUCAUGUAUGCUGCGAUACCAUCUAUGCUGGCAUACCGCUCAUAUGGGGGCAUAUCACGCAAUGUCAACAUCGUCCUCAUGAUGAUAACGGGAUUGUUCAUAAACGGGCCAUACGCGCUGAUCACCACAGCGGUUUCGGCAGACCUUGGCACGCACAGUUCUCUCAGAGGGGAUUCGAGGGCACUUGCCACCGUAACUGCCAUUAUUGAUGGAACCGGAUCUGUCGGAGCGGCUCUUGGCCCUCUUCUUACUGGGUUCCUUUCGACAAAAGGGUGGGACGCGGUUUUCUUGAUGCUAAUGGCCGGUGCUCUUAUCGCUGGAUUGCUUUUGUCAAGGUUGGUCGUUGAUGAGAUUUCAGAGAAAGCGGCCAAACGAAUCCCAUCGUCCGAUGCACAGCAAGGUCGUGGAGAUCCAGCAACUCAGCCUCUCCUAACCAACAAAAAAUGAAUGCCGAUAUGGCUGCACGACGGUACAUGAGACUGGGGAAGUCUAUAGGCAAAGCUCGACGCGAAGCUGAGAAAAUACCGAUUGCCGAUCGGUCGCUGCAAAUACGAAGCAUUGUGCUUUUAGAGGUCUGACUAACUUUGGAUGCGACUCGCAUUAGUCAGCUUCAUAGCAAUUCUGUCUGUAAUAAGUGUAAGAUGAUGUGUGCCAUAGGUAGAUUUUUUGGUUAGUGUAAAGGAAAUGAAAGCUGAACGAUUCAA